CAAGAUUAGAAGAUGCAGAAGAGGAGCUUCAUCAAGAAAGAGAAAGAAGAGUUUAUGCUGAGAGUAGGAGAAGAGAAAGGUUAAAAGAGGUAGUAGAAGAUAUAUUUGUUAAUGCAGAAAAAG